ACGAUAGCCUACGUGGCAAAGCAAAAAGAGCAAAAAAUCGAAAUAGGGAACUGACGUGGAAGUUCGUUUAGCUCGAAAUUAUUUUUGUUUUUCAAUCAUCGACUCGUGCGUCGCGGCCGUCGAGAGUUGAGGCCAACACUGAGUGGCAAAAAUUGUGGAGUUAGUGGUCAGGAAUCCGGCCGAGAAGCCUCCAAAGUUGUCAAAUCGCCGUGGCGAACUUUGAGCCAGCCCGUGUGUUUUCUCUUCGCUUCGCGUGAAAGUUGUUUGGUGGUUUAGCUUUCAGCCUCUCAUUAUUAAAAACGGUGACCAAUCCGGCCCAGAAAUGAAUCCGAAUAUGUACGGGCCACCGCCCACGCAAUUCCAGCAACAGCCCCAGUUUGGGGCUCCACCGCCGAUUUCCGGAGGCUGGCCACCGCAACAACAGCCGCAGCAGCAACAACAAUUGCCUCCGCCGCAGCAGCAACAACAACCACAAUACGGAGCACCACCACCAACGUCGGCGGCACAACAGCCGUACCUCAAUGGGAAUUACCAGCAGCAGCUGGCCACGUCGAUGGGCGGUUUGAGUGUGGGAGGCGGUGGUGGAGCUGGAGUAAAUCCCCUUAAGCCACCAUUACCCCAAGGAGCUCCAGCUGCUGCACCACCAACAACCGGUUUCAAUCAAUUCAACUCUAAUGCGGCGCCACCUCCGACCAACAACAACAAUGCAGCAUUCGGUGCUCCGCCACCAGCGCAAGCGGGCGGCUAUGUCAACGGAGCACUUCCUCCCAGCAGUACCCCACAGAGCGUCGCCAGUGGAAUUAAUCAGAUGAGCUUGAACAGCGCGAGUUUGGCGGGAUUGCCGCACAUGCCGCCUCCGAAAGCGGCUACACCUGGAGCACCUCCUGCUGGUCAGCCUCCAAUUCCUGGAGCAGGAACCGCUUCUCAUCCACCGCUUCCCGGACAACCUCCACUACCUGGACAGCCACCACUUCCUGGUCAAAUUCCCACAUCCCAGCCUGUUUCCGGUCCAUUUGGAGUUCCCAGCUCGCGACCGGGACAACCGCAAUUACCACCUGGAGCAGCACCUCCGACGUAUACGCAACCGGGACUACCGCCACAACAACAGCAGCCACAACCUGUACAGCAACCAGGAUUACCAUUGCAGCAGCCGGGAUUUCCCCCACAGCAGCCUGGUUUGCCGCCCCAAUCUCAACCAGGUUUGCCGCCGCAGCAAGGGGCACCUUAUGGAGCACCCCAGCCAGGCGGAUAUCCCGGUGGCUUUCCAGGCCAGGCUCCCGGAGGCUUCCCUGGAGCACCACCACCACUUCCAGGACAACAAGCAGCGGUUCCGCCGCAAUUCGGAGCACCACAACCGGGUUAUCCGGGUCAGCAGCCGGGAUAUCCGCCACAGCCCGGCCAGCAGCCCAUGCCAGGAUAUCCACCACAGCCGGGACAGCAGGCAGGAGCACCCGGAUAUCCACCUCAACCAGGUGCCGGAUUUCCAGGACAGCCCGGACGUCCUGGCUUUAAUCAACCUCCCAUGCCAGGUGCAGGAAACAUGUAUCAGCAAGCACCACAGCCCCGACGCCUGGAUCCUGACCAAAUGCCGAAUCCCAUCCAGGUGAUGAUCGAGAAUCAGCGUCUUGCUGGCGGACCUUUUGUGACCAAUCAACCAGGAUUGCUGCCUCCAUUGGUGACUACGAAAUUCGUUGUCCAUGACCAGGGCAACUCUUCACCGCGCUUCCUGCGCUCCUCGUUGUACUGCAUCCCCAAUACAGGAGAUCUUCUGAAGACCACAGCUCUGCCCUUGACGCUCAACAUAUCGCCGUUGGCCAAAACCGCCGAGGGAGAAUUGGAGCCACCGAUUGUUAACUUUGGCGACAUGGGACCAAUUCGUUGUAACAGAUGUAAGGCGUAUAUGUCGCCAAACAUGCAGUUUGUGGAUGCCGGCCGACGAUUCCAGUGUCUGAUGUGCAAGGUCACUUCGGAGGUUCAUCCGGACUACUACCAGCAUCUGGACCACACUGGUCAGCGUGUGGAUAAGCAUGAACGACCAGAGUUGCUGUUGGGUACCUACGAGUUCCUGGCCACCAAGGAUUACUGUCGGAACAACACACCCCCCGAGAUUCCCGCCUUUAUCUUCAUUAUCGACGUGUCUUACAACACCGUGAAGUCGGGGCUGGUACAUCUGUUGUGCUCCCAGAUCAAGAACAUACUCAAGCAUUUGCCUGUAGACCAGGGACAAGAUAAAUCCAAGGUCCGAGUGGGUUUCAUCACGUACAAUAGUACCGUGCAUUUCUACAACAUCAAGAGCAGUCUGGCCCAGCCCCAGAUGAUGGUUGUGGGCGAUGUCCAGGAAAUGUUUAUGCCUCUGCUCGACGGAUUCUUAUGUCACCCAGACGAAUCGGCAGCUGUAAUCGAUGCUUUGAUGGAAGAGAUCCCUCGUAUGUUUGCGGAUACCAAGGAAACGGAAACGAUUCUAUACCCUGCCAUUCAGGCUGGUUUGGAGGCACUUAAGGCAUCCAAUGCAUCAGGAAAACUGCUGGUGUUCAACUCAACGCUGCCAAUUGCGGAGGCACCGGGCAAACUUAAGAAUCGCGAUGACCGGAAACUCCUGGGCACUGAUAAGGAAAAAACCGUGCUCACCCCGCAAACUACUGCUUAUAACCAAUUGGGUCAGGAGUGCGUCCAGCAGGGCUGCUCGGUCGAUUUGUUUGUGUUUAACAAUGCCUACAUCGAUUUGGCCACGAUUGGACAGGUUUCUCGUUUAACUGGUGGUGAAGUGUUUAAGUAUACUUACUUCCAAGCGGACGUGGAUGGCAAGCGACUGAUCGAGGAUAUCAUUAAGAACGUAUCGCGUCCGAUUGCCUUUGAUGCAGUGAUGAGGGUGCGCACAUCGGCGGGCAUUCGACCGACGGAGUUCUAUGGCCACUUCUUUAUGUCAAACACAACUGAUGUGGAGCUAGCCAGUAUAGACGCCACCAAGUCCGUGAGUAUUGAGAUCAAACACGACGACAAGCUGGCGCCGGAGGAGAAUAUAUACCUACAAGUGGCACUGCUGUACACCUCGUGCAGCGGGCAGCGACGUCUGCGUGUCCUUAAUCUGGCUCUGCGGGUGACCACGACGAUUGCUGAUGUCUUCAAGAGCUGCGACCUGGAUGCAAUGAUGCUGUUCUUCGCCAAGCAGGCCUGCUUCAAGCUGAUGGAACACUCUCCCAAACAGGUGAAGGAUAACCUGAUUCAUCGAUCAGCACAGAUCUUAGCCUGCUAUCGUAAGCACUGCACUUCGCCCACCUCCGCUGGCCAACUUAUCCUUCCUGAGUGCCUCAAGCUACUGCCGCUGUACGCCUCGUGUUUGCUCAAAAACGAUGCUAUUUCCGGUGGUUCUGACAUGACGCUGGAUGAUCGAUCCUAUGUUAUCCAGUUUAUUCUGUCCAUGGAUUUGAAUCAAUCCGUCAGCUACCUGUAUCCACGUUUCAUUCCCAUCCACAAUGUCGUACCCGAAGAGACAGAUCUGCCAACACCUGUUCGUUGCACGCACGAAAAAACGCAAGAAGAUGGCGCUUAUAUCCUGGAAAAUGGAGUGCAUCUGUUCGUCUGGCUGGGCCAGGCCCUAUCCCCCAACUUUGUGCAAAGUGUCUUUGGCGUCCAGGGUCUCCAACAGCUUGCAUUGGAGCGGUUCAACAUUGUGCCAGAGACACCGUUGGCCAAGCGCAUACACGGCAUCCUAGAGCAGAUCAUGAGCGAACGAUCGCGAUACAUGAGGAUCACCUGGCUGCGACAGAACGACAAACUGGAGAGCGUUUUCCGACACUUCCUGGUCGAGGAUCGCGGUACAGACGGCUCGGCUAGCUACGUGGAUUUCCUUUGUCACAUGCACAAGGAAAUCAAGGAUCUGCUGAGUUAGCACGCCGGCUACUCUGGCACUUACAAACCCGAGCAGCGAUGGGCGGACAGCUAUUCCCAAAACAGAGCUCGGAUGCGUCGCCUGUCGUCCAUGCGCAGUCGCCUCGGCAAAUGAGAGGAGCAGGAUCAAUAGCAAGAACUGGAGCCUGACAGCUAGUGGAACUUCAAUUAUAAUUACAUAAAACUACAUAUACAUAUAUAUUAAUUAAUGGCUAUCAUUUCGAUCGUAUCAAUUCUUCCAUUAAUUUUAUUAAACUUUUCAUAUUUUCCACUGUUUUCCUUUGAAUAUAUAUAUAUAUAUAUGUAUGUAUUUUUAAACGAUGCGCUAAUUACAAAACAUUUGUUAAACGAGGCAACUGCUAUUCUGCAAAAUUACUUAGAAAAAUUAUUCUCUUAUGAAAUUCCAUGCAUAUGUUUAAUUGUAAUUACAAAUUACUUGCAAAUUUCCCACAGUUGAAAACUACUAUAUGAUUGUAAUGGAUAGUUUAAGAGCAUUGAUUUAUUUACUUCCUUUUUUGGCCUAACCGAUGUUAAUUUUAAUGUAUUCUUGCAAUAACGAGUGCCCUGCGCCCUGCUUUUUAUCAUACUUUAUGUCAUUGAAAGAUUAUUAUAUUAUAACCUAAAUGUUUCGUGUGAGAAUUAUUCGACUUAUAUGGUAUAUUGCCCCCCUACUAUCGAAAGAAAUACAAAAACUGUGCAAAACGAAAAGAAAACAUUUAUUGAGAACGAAAAAGGAAUAAAAACUCUUUAUCAAAAAGCGAAUGGAAUAAAAUGGAUUUACUUUUUGGAUAAAGAUAUUUAAUAGGAAAACCCUAUUACCUGAAACAUAUAAACCUACUAUCAAAUCGAUUUUGUGUAAUAGGAAAAAUAAAGCGUCAUUCAGUACUUUAUACCUAA